AUGGAUCACAUAGAUAAUGAUUUUGCACCAAUUCGGAAAUCCAAUAUUACUGUGAAAUAUGAUAACAUAAUAAAGGAUGUUAAGACGAAUCAUGAUCAAAUGAAUAUAUUAAAAAAUAUUUCGCUAGUAUAUGGCACAAAGAUGUCCUCAAGUAAAAGAAAAGCAAUUGAAUCGAGGAAACGCCCAAGUGAGCCACAUCUUAAAAAGAAAAAAAUUAAAGUGAAAUCAGAACCUUUUCAAGAAAAUAAGUUACCUUGCCCUACAUCAACCAAUGGAGAAAAUGAAAUUGCGUCAUUACCCCAUUCUGUCGAAAUAGAAUCCAUCAUAAAAGAGAAUAGUCCAAUUAGAAUACCUUUAUUUCCGACGAAAAGAUACUCAAAAACUAGCACUAAGAGAAAUACAACUUAUGAAUAUAAUGCCCCUCUAGUAACACUUACGGAACCAAGUAAUCUGUUUGUGAAAAAACUUAAACUUGACCUGUUAACAAAAUUGAGUCCUAGAUCCAAUUGUGGGUCUCCAGCAUAUUUUUCUGAAACUGAUGAAACAUUAACAAAAAUCAUUGAUAGUAAUCUCGAAGGAGCUCCUUUUGAUAAACCUAUUACUCUAAGUGGGAGUUACAGCUAUUCUUAUGAAUUAUUUCAACGUAUUUUCAGAAGAGAAUGUCUAAAAUACAAUAUUCAAUAUAUCAAACUCUCUUUAUGUCCAUUAGACAUAGAGAACAAUCAAAGGAGCAAGGAAAGUAAUUGUGAAAUUGUAGUUGCUAAGAUGAAAAUACGAUUUCCCAAUGAGAACAUGAAAAAAUCCUUCCAAAAAAUAUUUAAAGAGUGGUUUAAUCUGAGACAAAUAUUGAAAUCCCUUUUAAAUGUUAUUACGAUGUCAAACCGAGAUCUUGAACAUAAAUAUAUCAUAUUAUUCUCUUUGACAGACACAAGAUACCUUAAGUCCCCACUUACGAGGUUGCGAUGGAAAUUCAUAAAAAAUUUCUUGACAUCUAUUAAUGUUCCCGCUCUCAUGGCUUGCUCACAUCAUAUCAUCAAAAAUGCGCCAUUGGAACCCACUUCAUCAGAGAAUUCCGAUAAUUCUACAAUUAUUAAUGUACCCUCUCUAAAGUCACUGCCUGAAUUUAUUUCAGAAUUGUCAACUCUUUUAUGCCAAAAAGAUACAUCUACUAGGGACGUCGAACUUAACGACAUGUGGAACAGAAAAAUAUUGACAAAUUUAAACGAUAAAAAUUCGGCAUUGUACACAGAAGUGCAGAAGGUAUAUAACUAUGGAGAAGGGCCAUUAAAUUGUGUGGAACUAAUUAUAGCAAAUAUUAUAAAUUGUAAUGACUUAUUUUCUACCUUUCAUGUCUUGGACCAAGAAUUCAACAGGAAUGUAGAAGACUAA